AUGAUUCCUGCACUGCCACUGCAACCACAAGCCGCUAAGCAGCCAACCGCGAAGAUGCCUGAGAAGCUGGCAAUAUCACUAACAUCUCAGACCAAUCCAACACCCUCAGCCGCUACCACGCCAAUUUCCAGCCCGACGGAAGAGGUUGCACCAAUUACUCAGAUGCACCCGAAGAUACUGGAGAAUCUUCUCUACCAUCAAGGUUUUAUGCAACAAGCCAUAGAUGUUGCCGAACAAGCCCUAGCUGAAGGAGAAACACCCGUCGCAUGCGUGCUGGUGCUGGAUGGCCAAGUUGUAGCUCGGGGUAUGAACGACACCAAUCGUUCCCUGAACGGCACAAGACAUGCUGAGUUUCUGGCAAUCAACGAGUUUCUCUCCAAAUAUGCCAUCACUAAGCUCGCCGAAACGGAUCUCUACGUCACAGUCGAGCCUUGUAUCAUGUGUGCUUCUGCUCUACGGCAAUACGGUAUCCGUACAGUCUACUUUGGAUGUGGUAACGAGCGAUUCGGAGGAAAUGGUAGCGUGUUGUCAAUUCACUCUGACAAUAGUCUUGAUCCACCUUAUCCCAGUUAUGGAGGACUUUAUCGCAAGGAGGCAAUCAUGCUGUUGAGGAGGUUCUAUAUCCAAGAGAAUGGCAAUGCACCAAAUCCCCGAGCCAAGGGAAAUAGAGAGCUCAACGUUAUUGUUUGA